GCGAAAAAGACAAAACUAGAUGUUUGCAGUACACAAAACGAGCAACGCGUUAGAAGAGGAUCCGGCAUACCAAAUCAGGUUCGCAACAUCUCAUAGCGGGUGGUAUCGUAUCUAUCUAAACGGGUAAUCUUCCGGUGAUAUCAGAGUCUCAACGCGUGCGCAGCGCACAGUCUCGAGCGGUGGAGACAGCCUACAGGAUAUUCUACCUCCUAAAAGGCCCGUAAGCAACCCGGUUUUUGGAACUAUGGAGCGGAGACACGAGGUUUUCCUUCCCGCUCGGCAGUACUAAAUGGAAGAUAGGCGCCGCUCAAAAUGUAGGAAUAUUUCUUAUUUUAUCUGAUCAUCUCUUGCUUGCAGUGACCAGGGACGAUGGAUGCACGGUCCCCCUCUGAGCGUCGCCAUGACAUCUCAGCAGACAACGGUGGGCGGGAGCCUUCUGUGUCCGAGAAAAAGGCUGGAGAUGUGGUCGUAGCAUCGAGUGAAGCAUCGACCGGUGAGCGUGAUGGCAGUGAUCGGAGCUCAGCGAUCCCGCUGAAGAUGAAGCUCAUUGCUAUUCUCUUGGUUACCGCAACUGGAUUUGGUUCACACUGGAGUAGUGGUGUCACAGGCGCGAUGAAAAGUACUGUAAAGAAGGAACUGCAUAUCAACAACGCUCAGUAUUCUGUGCUGGAAGCCAGCGAGGACUUUAUGAAAACAGCUCUAAUCCUCGUGAGCGGUCUUGUCACCGAUAGGAUUGGUGGUGCAAGCGCCAUGCUCUGGGGCAAUGCCAUUUACAGUAUAGGUGCGAUCUUUAUUGCAGCCGCCACCACCGUCCGAUCGUACAAAUUCAUGAUAUUCGGGUCGAUCGUCCAGGCAUUCGGAGACAUCGCCACGCAAGUGGCACAGUACAAAGUGUUCAGCUCCUGGUUCGCGCCAUCCAACGGCUUCGCAUCGACUCUUGGCUUUGAACUCGGUAUUGGCAAGAUCGGAUCUUUCGUUGGCAAGGCUACAGCAAACGUCAUCGCGAAAAACACAGGUGACUUUAGCUGGGUGUACUGGGUCGCUGUUUUCAUGAACCUCUUCACUAACGUGACGACUCUCCUUUACUGGAUUUUCACGCGAUGGUGCGGCAAGAAGUACACCGGUACAGCUGACCCCGCGACCGGCGAGAAACUCACGGAAAGCAACAAGAAGUUUGAGUUUGGAAAGGUCUUCCGGCUUCCCUGGACCUUCUGGAGUAUCGUCGCUUUCUCACUUUUCCAAACCAGUACCGCAUCCGUCUUCGCUCAGAAUGCAACGGAGUUCGCUGAGCAGCGCUUCGACAUGGAUGCCGUCAAGGCAGGGUGGUACUCCUCACUGGCGCAGUAUCUAGGAUUCUUCCUUGUUCCGAUUAUCGGCGUCUUCGUAGACGUUCUAGGCAACCGUAUCACCCUUAUGCUUGUCUGUGGGCUGGGCAUGUUGCUAUCAAUGUGCCUGGCGACAUGGGGCCCAACGUUCUCUGGUACGGCAGCUUCGUUUGGUAUAUACGGUGUCGCAUCUAUGUUUGGCCCGACCGUCAUCAUCGACUCAAUUCGCACUUCCAUGUGGUACCAAGAAGUCUUUGGUUCUGGAUACGCCGUCAAGAUUGCAGUCAACAACGCCAUGUCUAUCAUCAUCCGUAUCAUCACGGGAGUCAUCCAGGAUCGUGACGACAACUCUUACGACAAUGUCGUUGUUGUGUAUGUCGUUCUUUCCGCGUGUUCGGUUGUGGUAGCAGCGAGCAUGUUCGUCGGCUGCUUUUGGACAAGUGACCUUGCACAACUCCAGUGGACUAGGCGCCAACGUAUCACGAAGGGCGAGGUCAUCAACGUGCGGAGAGAGGAGUUUAAGUCGGGAACUUCUGGCCAGAGAAACAGGAAGAUCAGCAUGGCUUUGUUCAUUGCACUGUUGUUCUUGGUGGUGGGUUCCUGGGCGGCGUACUUCUGGGGUGUUGCGACUGGAAAUAACACCUGAGGCAUUAAAAGCUUACCCUACUCAAUCAUGUAUUUCUACAUAAUGUUGAACCCUUCUAGGGAACUCAAAUAGAGCAGCACGUUUUGUAUAUCUCAGUUCAGGCCGUUGGGGCGCGAUCAUCUAGUUCACAUGCUGUGAUUGUGAGGGGAGGGGGUGGUGAGUAACUCCAGUGCAUGUUCUGGUGCCACCCAUAACACUGAAGCAG